UACAAAAUAACAUGUGCGUUACACUCCGGCCAAUAUUUUGGCGGGCUGUUCAUGUGUCCGGGUUUGACUUCUAUACGAUAUUCUUUAUUUCAAAAACAUGGAUCUGAUAGAAAAGAACCUGGAGGUGAAGUUGUCUUGGGAAAUUCUUGAGACUUUAAUGUCACGUCAGUAUGCCCAUGUGAAUUAUUUAUUCAUGGAUAAUACGGAAUCGAUGAAAUGGAACAAUGAUUUUAGAAAUACUGGGAUGGUACCUAUGUGUUUCACCAAAAUGAAUGAAAAAUUCAUCAAUGGUACUUAUCGAGGUAUUCGAGAAUUUGUCUGUGAUUUCCGUCUGAUGCUGUUAAAUUGCUAUCGUACUCAUGGGAUUUCAUCACGUGCUGGACGUUGUGCUGAAAAAUUGGAAUUAUUGCUUGAACAAAAACUUCAACUGUUAUCCCCUGAAAUUCGUAAUAAAGCAUCUAUACAGUCAACCCUUGGAUUUGGUACUGCUGAAGAUGAAUUACUCGAUUGCGGUAUAACACGUCGUCGAAGUUCUGGACGUCUUUUUCUCUCUGGUGAUUCACGCCAGUUAACACCGAUACGUGCUAUCAUGGAAGAAUUAGAGCAUGUUACACAUCCUGGUUCUGGUACCGGUGGUAUAACCGCUUCAUUAAUCUCAAACAGUAUCGAUUCAUCCACAUCAGCGUCAUCAUCUGGCCAACAAACAUCAGCUAUCAGUAGUACAUUGAGCACUGAAGAAAAUAUUGCCAUCUUAGUGGCUAGACUAAGUUUAUGGCAACGUCGAAGACAUGAAGAAGAACUGCUGGAUACAUGGAAUAGCUGGUGGGUGGAAAAUAAUGGACCGAAAAUGCAAGAGAUAUUAUUCAAUGCUCCUGAGCUUUUAGAAGCUUAUCAAUUCUUAUGGUUGGCUGAUCCAUUCUUGGGUAUAAGUGAUUGUAUCACAAUAUACAAUAAUAAUAAUAACAAUCAUAAUAAUCUUGCAGUCAAUGCAUUAUCCACUACUGCAUCGCAUACACGUAGCCUGUCAUUAUUCGACUUAGAAAUUGGAUUAUGUACAGCACCAUGCGCUAGUCUAGUACUCAAUGUCUGUAUGAGUAAUCUAUUGGCAACACCAAAAGAGAGGAAUCAAAUUGUCAAUGUAUUGAGCAAUACCACUACUACUACCAAUAAUAAUAACAGCAGUAAUAGUAAUCUCAGUGUUGGAGCAGACUCCAGUACAACAACGGAUUAUUUUUCAGCAGCAGCAAGACGUUCACGUCAGCUAAUGUCGACUACAAGUACACUUCCACCACUUGAUUAUGAUAUCUGGGAACGUCGAUUAUCAGCACGAGUUGAUUCAUGGUAUCGAUCAUUUUGGGAUAAAGGUAAAGGUGUUGUUGAAUGGGCAACAUAUCGAUUAGGAUUACCGAAAGCUUUCUUUGAUGUUUGUGGUUACAAGUCGAAUCCAUUGGAAGAAAAACGCUUCCAUGAAUUAUCAAUCUAUCAACAAGUUAUGCUACUCUGUGCUCUAUGCGAAUCAACUGUGAGAUCAUUUGAAAAUCUUCGUGUCUCUCUAGAUAGAUCAGCUGAUUGGGAGGCAUCAAAUCCUGUACAAUUAGGCAUUGAUUUUUUUUCAAAGCAUGUCUAUGUACACUUUCCUCAACUGUUGGGUAUCAAUCCGACCACAUGCUUAAGAGUUUAUCGAAUCCCUUAUGUAAAACACCAGCCAAUUGAAUGUAGCUUCUUUAAAACAGCUAAAAAUACCAAUGCUUGUAACCUGAAAGAUAUGUACAAAGCAAAGAUAUUAAAUGAUUUUACAAAAUUUGCAGAAAUCUUGGAGGAAACUGUCAGUGUUAAAAGUGAGAAUGAUGACAACAGCAAUAACAACAACAACAGUAAGAAGAGUAACAAGCGUAGACGUCCGUCAACAAAACUGAAACCAGAGGAUACUAUUGAUCCUGUUAACCAUCAGCAAAAACUGAUUGAAGAAUUGAAUAAGCAUAAUAAUUAUCUGCUAGAAAAUGGUUUAUCAGUUCCUGGUGCUGUACAACGUUUUCCUAGUUGGAUGCAUCCUGCCCUGGCACGGGAUACUUAUCGUCGAUGGCAUUGUGUCGCUGAACAGUGUAGUGCUGCCGCCUCUGCCGCUGCCACUGCGAAUCAAAUCGAUGAGUUGAAUAAAAUGAAUACCACUACUACUACUAAUAAUAAUCAUCAUAAUAAUAAUAAGAGAACUGCAGACAGGAGGAGUUCAGUUGGCGUCUCCAGGGGCGCUACCUAUCCUGACAAUACACCAAACAGUAAAAGUCGUAACAGUAUUAAUAACAAUGUUACUACUAAUAAGGAUGAUUUACCAUUUAAAGAUUAUCAAAUUAUUGAUGAACAAAUUAUUUCAGAAAUGAUGAAACGUGAUCAUUGUCUGAAUCCCUCUCCGUAUGCAUCAUUCAAUGGACCAACACGUAAAUUUCUAUCCCUUCAACUAAGUCGUACUGCUAUUGGUGGUUUUCGUUUCUGUGAAAAGACUCAUGCUCGUCGGCAUAAUAAAAAAGGUGUUGUAAAUAAAAAUGAAGAGGAUGAUGGUGGUGGUGGGGAUGAUAAUAAUGAAGAGGAGGACAAUGACGGUGAUGAUGAUGACGAUACUGAAUCACGUUCAAUAGAUCAGAAUACAAAUGAUCCCCGUUCACCAUCAGUUAGUCAAUAUGAAUCAGAUGAGAAUGAAAGUAUCAGUGGGAAUUCCGUGCAAACGCGUAGAAGAUCAACACGGCUAAGUAAUGUGGCUAAACAGAAUGGUCCUGUAGCCACUAAUAGAACGCCGUCUACAAGAUCUUCAUCGCUGCUUGACAAUAAAAAAGAAGGAGCGACCUGUAAAGGAAAGACUGAACAAUCUACUACUGACAAACUGAAUUCUACACCGUCGUCGUCAUCAUCAUCAUCAUCAUCAUCAAAUAAACAAAAAAUUUCAGAUGAUAAUAAUAAUAAUAAUAACAACAAUAACAACGAAAAUAAUGAAGGAAAAGUGAAAAAAGAAAAAGAAGAAGAAGGGGACGAAGAAGAACACGAGGAAGAAGAGGAAGAGGAAAUCCUUGUCACUGAACCUCCUCGAGAAUCAUUCACUUUGGUCGCGAAAGAUACUCAAGAAGUGAAUCAAUUAUUGCUGAUUCUUCGACAAUUAUUAGCCAGUAAUGAAGAGAAGUUAAUGAAAAGUCAAAUUGAUUGUAAUUUAGAUUCAGAUUGUGAUGAUCCCAGUGAUGGUAAUAAUAAUAAUAAUAAUAAUAACGUUGAUGGUAUUGGUGUCGAUGUGAAUGGUACAGGUGAUGCAGACAAAAAAGGUGAUGGCGAUAACGAUGAUGAUGAUUCAAUCAAUGAACCAGCGGCAAAGAAGAAACGUUUAUCUCCAGAUUGUGAUGAUGAUGGUGUUAAUACUCAGGUAUGUAUUUUAUGCAUUUAUGCGAGUUUGGUUAUCUUUUUCUAUUGAAGGUAUUAUUCAUUGAUCUAGGCGUUCGUCACAGGAUUGGACCCCACCUACCGAGGCUCCGACAACAGCUGUUAUUCCCUUCGGUUCGGAUUGAAAUAUUGGCCGUCAUCAACACCUCUUCACCUUGUUCUAUUUGGUGCUGUCGUCUUCAGUUGGAUCCAUGAUUGCUCAUCAUCUCUCAUCUCCUGCAAAACUCGCACGGUCUCCUCCACGUCACCCUCGAACAACCGACUCAUCGUUUUUCAUUCGGCUCCCACUCGAGGUUAUGCCUGACACACGAUGUCAUUCGACAGCCUCCUCAACGUGUAUACACCCUAUCCAUCUUCUUUUUUUUGUCUACACAUUUUGUUGAGUGAUCUGCUCCUGUUGGAAGUGCUUUUGGUGACGCGUUUGCCAAAUUUAUGACUUGUAUAAAGCAACUGACUGAUUGACUUCACAUUUGUAUUGAAAAUGCGAAUCUUAUUCUUUAUGCUGGCUAAAGGCGAACUAUGCGAUUACGUAAUGCAGUGGAAUCGUUAAAACGUCUAAUCAAAAAUUUAGAAGAUCUGUUUACAUCAUUAGUGGAUAAGGAGAGUGAACGUGUUGAUGCACAACGAUUGGCUCGAUUACGAUUACGCAAAGAUGUUGAACAUUGGAAGGAGGUAGAAGCUAGAAAGAGCAAGAAGUCGUCAGCACACAAUUAUAAUCAAGACAGCAGUUAUACACCUGUACAAGAGUCUCGUUCUAGCCUCCUGGCGUCUCUUCAUCAAAUAGAUACAUCAAAAGAUCGAGCUGAACGACAUCUACGUCGAGAACGAAGACGUCAAGCUCAAGAUUCAUCUGACAAUGAUAAUGAUGAUAGUGAUGGUGAUGACGAUAAUAAUAAUAACGAAAUUGGUAGUGAUGAAGACAGAAAGAGGAAAGAAUCGGUGAAUAAUGUUGCUGUCGUCAAACAAUCCAAUAGUAAUAAUCAUUCACCAUUCUCAUCUAAGAGUACUCAUCUUACUCCUCAUAACACGUCAAUAUCUCCUGAGAAUAAUUCAACUAGAAGCAGCAUUAGUCGAAGAAGUAUAAACAAUAAUAAUAAUAAUAGUAAUAAUACUAGUUAUCAAGCAUUUGCUAAUCGUAUCAGUGCAAGUGGUACACCAAAAAUACCAAUUUCACGCUUUUCACCUGAAGAUACUUCAUCCACAGUAGUUGUACGUCGAUCCGCCUUACUAGAACCGCGUAAAGCUGCUUCUAUCCUACCGAAAUCACCAAUAUCCUAUUCAUCCGCGUCAUCCUCAUCAUCAUCAAAAUUGAAUAGUUCUACAACAACACCACCUAGUUAUUAUAAUGGUAAUAGUAGUUAUAGUAGUAGUAGCGGGGUGUUGGGGCGUCGUCCAACUGACUCAUCCAAUUCACCAUAUCGAACAAAUACAAUAUCACGUAAUCAUCCAUCGAUUCUACGUCCUUGUCUAACGAAAUCCCCACCGUUUAAUCAGAAUUAUCAUCGUCAUCAUCAUCAUCAAGUCAAUGGUUUGUCUACUACACUGACGCAUUCACCACUUUCAAUGACUUCAUUGAAGAAGCCAACAUCUCCUUCUCCCUUGUCCUCGUCGUCAUCAGCAUCACCAUCAUCAAGUAUUCCCAGGAGUAAUAAUAAUAAUAGUAAUACGCCGGGGGAUAAACCACCAGUUCGUAAAAUUUAUCGUGUUUGUAACACUUUGUUUACAGAAGAUGCAAAACCUGUAAAAAUUGGUCCAAAUGGUUGUUUAAUUCCAAUCCCUUUGGAAAGUAUACCAAUGAGUCAAAGGCAAUUAGCUCGUCAAAUGAUAUCAAGAUAUCAUCAACAUGUGAAUUCCACACCAUCUGCAAUGUCUUCUUCUUCUUCUUCUAUUGCGUCUACAAUAACAACAACAACAACAGCUGCUACUCCAGGAGUCUCUAAAACGCCAACAUUGUCAACCACACCAUCGUCAGUUGAGGCUGCCGCCGCUGCUGGCAACACCACAACGGCGCCGACAGCGAAAACGCCAGUAGCUGGUCCUGUUAAGUCAUAAAUAGUUGUGUGUCUAUCAGUGUGAUACUCUACAAAGCUGUGGAUAAAAAAAAACACAACAAAACAAAAAUGUGUAUACUAAUCAGUUUCUAUUCCACUCUUCACAUUUGUAUCGAUCUCUCGUUUUUGUCAAUAAAAACAAACAAACAAACGAAAGCAAAAGCCAAGAUGUGUACGGUUGAUUUGGUGUAGUGUAUUUAUGUGUGUAUUGGGUUAAUCUUACUCUUUCUUAUUCUCAUUGUUUGUAUUUUGUGAGGGUGUUUGUUUUGAUGUUACUUCUCGUUCCGACCCGACGCUACUCACCCCGCCCUGCCCUCCCCCACCCUAAGUAUGUAUGUAUGUAUGUGUGCGUGCAUGUAAUGUUGAUUUUCAAGUGAAAAUGUCAUUUGUAUGUGUGUGUGUUAUUUCCUCCCAACUCCCCCACCCUACACCUACUAAAGCUCUCUCCUAAAAAGUUUUCCGCACCCCCCCACCUUCCUUAGAAGGAAGACGUUGGGGGGGGGAGGCAAUCGGAUUUUUCGAUUGGUUAACUUAUUUAUAUUUAUUGAUUUGUUCGUUUGUUUGUUUUAUUUUGUUUCAAUGUAUUUUCCAUUGGGUUCGUUGUGUACCUUGAUUGUACGCCGGGACACACGCCCACGCGCGCACACACGUUUGACGCCACCAGUGUUUGCUCUUUGGGUGGCCAUUUUUUGUUUGUGCGUUUGUGUGUGUAUGUGUUUUUUAUCAAGAAACGUAAUGACGUAUAUGAUUCACAUUCGGAUCAAUUGAUCCAUUGAGUUCAUCGAUUUGUCAUAUAUCAGUGAAUGAAUUUCAUCGUCGAUAAAAGGUGGUAAAUCGAUGAAGUUACUAGUGUUCCUACUGCUAUUAGUACUGGUUAAUGGUGAACCAUCAGUCAGCAAGAGAAAGAAAGACAUUAAGGUCUUUGAGCAUUUAUUCUCCAGAAUUUUGCAUCUUGUUGUAAUUUUCUUUUAUCUGUUUCUUUUCUCCUUUUGUUUCUCUAUCCCUCCACCCCCCCAUAACCCUCGUACUCGCCCCAGAUCCUCCUCCACAGUUUGUUGUACAUAUAUCUUAAAAUGAAAUGAACAUAUGAGGCUUCUCAUUCAUUUUGUUAUUAUUAUUAUGAUUAUUAUGUUGUUCUGUAUACAAUUUUGUGUAUAUUUUGACGAAUAAGUCCUCUUUCUUUCUUUUUAUCUUUCUUUAUUCUUGUGUAAUGUUAUAUAAUUUGUAUUAUUAUUAUUAUUACUAUUAGUAUGAUUAUUACUAUUAUAGUUUUGAAGUUAAU